GCGUUGAUCGGUUUAAAAAGAAGAAGAAGAGGAAGAAGAGGCAGCAGUAGAAGAAGAAAACGAUGGAGGCGGAAGAUCGUGAACGAAACAGCAUCAGUCUGAUCGUUAAAUCACCGAACCAGGCGCUGGAUCAGCAUAGACUGGACCAAGUGAACCUGAACUGGACCGUCAGGGACUUAAAGAUCCGUCUGUCCCGGGACUUUCCAACCAAACCGGAUGUGAAGGAGCAGAGACUGAUCUACAGGGGGAGACUGCUGCCUGAUCACCUGCUGCUCAGAGACACCAUCACACAGGGCGACUUUGUUCCCACAAUUCAUCUGGUCUGCCCCUUCAGGAAUGUGACAUGUGAACCACAGGGAACUAGAACUGAGUCGGAAGAUCCACAAAGGAACACGUCAGGGUCUGCCGAGGCUGAGCUGAGACUGAGGAGGAACGCCACCUCCUCCUCCUCCUCUCCCUCUUCCUCCACCUCUUCUUCACACUGGGGCAGUGCAGCUAACGAAGCUGAAAGGUCCACAGGCCCACAACUGGCUCCGCCCUCUUUUCCAAUCUACUCCCUGUACAGCGCUGAGCAGCAGUGGUGGCUGCAGCAUGUCUACGCUCAACAGUACUUCCUGCAUUAUCAGGCAGCCAUGGCCGCAGCGAACAUCGCCUCGGCCCCCGAGCAGCCUCCUGUCCCCGUGCCCGCCGUUGUACCAGUGGCUGCCCCAGUAGCCAAUCAGAACCACGUCCCCAACAUGCAGAAUGCAGUACAGGACGGGGCCCUGGUGGUGAGGGGAGGCGAACAGAACCUCCGUAUGAAUGCCCAGGGCGGACCCAUGAUGGAGGAGGAGGACGGAGAGGGACGUGAUUGGCUGGACUGGUUUUACUCUGGCACCAGAUUCGCUGUUCUGCUCGCUAUCAUUUACUUCAACUCCAACCUGACCCGCUUUCUGUUGGUGAUGAGCACGCUGCUGAUUAUGUACCUACACACGGUGGGAUGGUUUCCCUUCAGAAGACCUGGUCCGCAGAGACCUGAUCCUCUGCAACAGAAUCUCAUCAGGGCCCCAGAGGAAAACCAGAUGCAGGGGACGGAGCCUCCUCCACCUCCUGCUGCAGAAGACGAACCAAUGAGAGCAGUUCUAGUUCCUCCACACCAGACUUCAGCGAUGUGGACUGCCUGGGUUUUCUUCAAAACCUUCUUCUCUUCACUCAUUCCUGAGGCUCCUCAGGGUUUGGUCAACUGAGCAGCUCAGACCUGGACCUGAUCCUGCACCUGGACCUGAACCUGGGCCAUACAUGAAAGAGUUUAUAUCUGUUGAGGACAGAAAUCACACUCCAAACCAUGGACUCGACAUCACACAAGGGUGUUUCAGUUGUACAGUACCAGGACUAAACAGUAGAUGGCGGUAGCUAAGGAAGCCUAAGCAGAAAGCUGGAUCAAAAACAGACUUAAAAAAACUUGUAAUUUGUAAUUUUUUAAAAAAUGUAAAUUUCAAGAUGACUAAAUUAUUUUUGAUUUUUUUUUUUUACUCUCUAACAGGUCAACAAAAUGUUUUACUCUGAAUGUAUAAUAUGUGAUGAAAUGAUAGUUGGAUUUAAAAUAAUAAAAAGUAAACUACCAUGAAGCACUUUACAACUUCUGUAUCUAAUGUGAGUUACUUUUUUACAUCCCAUUUUAACAUAGAAAUUUGAUUUAUAUAAAAUUAACAACAAAAGUUUUUGUUGUUUCAAUAAAUAUUUUUAAUAUUUUAUUUCAUUUGGGUGCAAAAUAAACAUAAUAAAUGCAAUAAAACAUU